AUUUCUAGAUAAAAACGGCAACUCUUUCACUGAUCGCUCAGUAACCUUCGAACACAAGCACCGAGAAGGACUUACGUACGAUAAAGUGAUACUACAUGUAAAAAGUGUGAAAGUAAUAUAUUUUGAGUAAGAAUGACCUGUGUGGAGAAUGCGCAUAAACGCAGUGAGAGCUUUAGAAGAACACUAAUAGUGCUUACGAUUACGUCGGUCAUUGGCGCAGCGAUUGCACAAAAUGAUCAAUCUCCAGUGGUGAACAUUCAAGGGUUGGGAUCAGUGAUGGGAAUCAUGGGCAAAACGGCUUGGACUUCGAGACCCAUCUACAAGUUCUUCAACAUCAAGUAUGCAGAGGCACCAGUUGGAGAACAGCGCUUCCGUGCUCCAGUCAGUGUACUACCCUGGUCCGGAGUGAAGGACGUUACCGCUCCUGGACGAGGAUGCCCACAGUCUCGAACCCUCUCUGCCGAAGACCCAGACGCCGAGGAUUGUCUGACGCUCUCCGUCUAUUCCAACGAUCUUCUGGCUAACCGUCCUGUCAUGCUCUAUAUUCACGGAGGUGCCUUCGUACUCGGUUCGGCAGAGCGUUUCGGACCGGAAUAUUUGCUCGAGAAAGACAUCGUCCUUGUCGUUAUUCAGUACCGUUUGGGUACGCUCGGAUUUCUCUCCACGGGUACCGAGCGCAUCCCCGGUAAUGCCGCCAUGUACGAUGUGAUGGAAUCUCUUGAGUGGGUAUCUCGUCACAUCCGUCACUUUGGUGGAAACCCACAGGACGUUACGAUCUUCGGUGAGUCCGCUGGAGGUCAUGCAGUAUCCGCAAUGUUACACAGUCCUCGAGUUCGUGAGGGUCUGUUCCAUCGCGCCAUCAUCCAGUCCGGAACUGUGUUCAUGCCGUGGGUUAUCUGUCAAGAUCCUACCGAGGGAGCCUACGACAUCGCUAGAAUCAUUGGAUGUCCCAUGACUACUCCUACCGAGAUCGAUAACUGCCUCAAACAGGCAUCUGUUCGGGACCUCGUUCAAGCGCAAGACCAACACAAGAAAAAUGAGUUCAGCUCCCCGGGAUACCCGAAGGUCGCCGGAGCUUGCAUCACCGUCGGUGGACCUUCCGGAGCCCAAAGUUUAAUGCCCGUACACCCCAAGGAGUCUACCUACUUCCGAGACGUUCCGAUCAUCUUCGGUAUGAACUCUCAGGAGGGUCUCAUCUUCUUCAACGAAUAUUUCCAAUAUGCCCUCAACUCGCAACAAAUUGAAUUCAAAGAUCAUUGGGACUUCCUGGAGUUUGUAAAAACGGUCAAUGUGAAAUUCGGAUCGUCCGCCUUCGUCGAUGCAGUCGUCGGUUAUGAGCUCUUGAGCAAAGCCACCUGGGAGGAGAUGAGCCGUGCCAACUUCUCGGAACUUGUUCCAGUACUCAUUGAUAUUGCCGGAAACUUGGCCCUCAAGUAUGGAUCAGUAGAAGAGGCCAACCGAUUCGCUAAUGCACAUCCCGGACAAGUGUACCUCUACAACUUCGAUUAUGUUGGACCACCGUCUCCUAUGACGCCCGGUUUUCCAUAUGAUGUCCCGAACAGCGUCGGUCAUGGUGACGAGCUCAAGUUCCUGUUCCCCAUGUCAAACGUCCUCAAUGAAGAGCAUACACAAAUGGCUAAAAUCAUGGUCGAUCUAUGGACAUCCUUCGCGAUGACAGGAGUACCUGUGGCAAGCAACGUUAUUCAAUGGCCGACUGUAUCGAGACCAUACGGCCCCUACUUACGAUUGGUGAAUCCACCGGAAAGGAAAGAGUAUUUUGUUCACGAGCUUACUAAUACCGUAGUGAAGGCUAGAGAAAGCAAUGCAGGCAUUCAAAUGCAGUUUUCUCUUCUAUCGAUCUUUCUAACACUUCUGGUUGCAGUUAUUCGAUGAAACAUCAAACCAAUCGAAUGAUUUAAUACGUUGUUUUAAGCUUAGCCACACACUGCAUUAGAAUUAUCCCCAGUCACACGAAUUCCAGCAUUUGUCAUCCUAUUUACGUCACUCAUAAUACCUCAGACCAGACAUGUUACUGUUCCACCCCAGUGUGUCCAAUCGCCACUGAAAUCAUAAUAAAACAUACAUAAAAAUGA